AGUUGAUGAUUCCGUUGGUUCCUGACUGAGAGUAGAGAGAUUGAAGGGGCCGGGCCCAUAGAGGAGAAAUGGCGAGUAUGGUUAACGAGAACGGGUGUGGAGUAGAAACACAAAGCCCAGAGCCGCAGGGACCAGGCCGGGGUGCGGCCAGAUGGGGUUCACAACACGCCGGUGCCCGAGAACUGGCCAAUUUGUACUCGCCAGGCAAAAGAUGUCAAGAAUGGAUAAGUGUCAUCCUCUGCUUCUCUCUCAUGGCCUUCAAUUUCAUGCACCUCCUCGCCAAUUUCCAUCUGGGACAUUUGUGGAGCAUUCUGCUGGGCAUCGCGGCAGGUAUACUCACAGCAGACUUUGCGUCAGGACUUGUUCACUGGGGGGCUGACACGUGGGGAUCAGUGGAUCUACCCAUUUUCGGAAAGGCCUUUAUACGUCCGUUCAGAGAGCACCACAUCGACCCCACAGCCAUCACCCGUCACGACUUCAUCGAAACCAACGGUGACAACUGCAUGCUGACCAUCAUCCCUCUAGCAAACAUGGCCUUCAACUUUGUCACCCUCUCGCCAGCGGAGAUUUACCAUAUCUACCCCUGGUACUGCUACUUGUUUGCACUGGCCAUCUUUGUGACCCUCACCAACCAGAUUCACAAGUGGUCGCACACGUACUUUGGCCUGCCUCGUUGGGUCGUGUUCCUGCAGGACUGCCACAUCAUAAUGCCCCGCAAGCACCACCGCAUCCAUCACGUCUCGCCUCAUGAGACGUACUUCUGCAUCACUACAGGUUGGCUGAACUACCCUCUGGAGAAACUGGGUUUUUGGAGGAACCUGGAGGACCUAAUCCAGGGUGUGACGGGAGAGAAGCCCAGAGCGGACGACCUGAAAUGGGCUAAAAAAGUCAAGUAACGCUGCAGGCUAACUGCACCCUACCUCAGAAGACGCUGGCUCCGUCCAUGCUUCUCAUCCCCUUUUUUGCCUCACUUAAACUGUAAUCCAUAGAGAGAAAAACUAACAGUUUCUGAUGCCAUAGCUUUAAGUCUUGCACAUUUUUUCUGUUUUUCAAAAGGAGGGCUUUGUUGGUAAUGGGAUUUUUCAUAACUCACUCACGGAGAUAAUCUCCUCAGAUUGCAAUAUAUCCUUUGUAUAUCUAACACAACUCAUCACUUUUUUUAAGGCUUUCGCGUAGAAGAUGCGGUCAUAUACACCUUCUGAGGAGAUUAAACGAUUACCCCCGCGUCAGAGAAUUCAAACAGUCUGAAAGAAAUAAUACUUGAAAGAAUGAACACUCGCUUUUUUUCCUCCUCCAGAGCCACAACUGUUCAUUUGGAAGAGUUGAUCAGUCGCAUUAUAUUUAGCACAGCCUUAUUUUUUGUUCAUCAGUUGUUAUAUCUCCACCUUGUCAAGGGUCUACAUGGUGUGCAAGUCAUAAAAUUGGAUUUAGGCCAUGGUAAGUAGUAGGACUGAGGUGAUAAAAAGAUUUCUGGAUGUUUUACCAAUGUUGAUAGCUGAAGAACACGUUGAUCGAUUACUGUUACAUUUUUUUGUCGUCUUGGAUAUUUAGGUUCAGCUACAUACUUUAGAUGCCUUUUUUUUUUAAAGGAGAGCUGAUGACAAUGCACAAAAAUCUUUCAGAGUACUAACAAAUUCCCAGCGUUGUUUCUAAAAUGCGGAAAUAUUGAAAUGUUUAAUCAUGGAUCUGAGGGGCUGACUAAUGUGACAGAAAAGGAGUCCAGUCAGCUUCAAUUACUGUCAGAUGCUAAACUGGCAUUUUAAUUUGGAAUUUGGCAUUUUCCAGAUGUGGUUUGGCCAUUAACAAUUCAAUCACUGAUGAUAGUACAGACACAGAAAUCAAGUAAUCUUCAAGCUAAAUAAUUUGAUCUGUGUACCUGCAUUGAUGUUCGGCCUUCAGAAAAUCUAACAAAACAUACAUUUAUUUACCUGCUGUGUCUGCUGGGUUAGUCUGGCCCUAAUGAGUAGUCUUUAAAGGUGAUCAUGUGUCCUCUGUAAAAGCAAACAAAAAAAAAAGCACUUUGUUAUUAUAUGACUCGAUUUUGUAGGAAAGAGGCGCAUGCGAUUUUGUCAAGCUGCCUUACACACCGCAGAUGCAGUACUUGUGUUUCUUUUCUUUUCUUUGCAGCACUUUGUUGUGCUGCUCUUGUAAUUCUGUCAUUCUGGGGUUUGUGUUAAUCAGACACAGAUACCCCAGAGCUAUGUGCCAGCUGUGUGUAACACUGUCUUCGCUUCUUGCGUCUUUUGUAUUAUAGGAAGGAAGUGUCAGAUUCAGAGCGUAACAUUCCCGAUGAGCAAUGUCGUCACCGGUCACCUUCUCGGUAACUGUGACAUACUGACUUGGUGAUGUUUCAAGGGCUUCAGUGAAGGCUGACGAUCCAGGAAUUUCUUCACUCCUAUUGAUGAGAUUAGUUGGUUGGAAGUUUUUUUUUAAAUGCUUUAGUCAAUAAUUUGUAAAUGUAUUGUACAGCAAAUAACUAUGCAGUGACAUAAGAGGCCCUUAACUAUACGUCUUAACUCAUUAGAUUAGGUCAAAAUGCCUUUCUUUUUCUAAUAGUUUACACAUAGUUUCUUGGUUGGAAAACAACUUCCAAAAUUUAGCUACUUAAUCUGCAUGAUAAAAUUACUUUUGCUAAUUAAGAUGUCACUUAGGCAGACGUAAGAAUGCAUGCAUAUAGCAUGUCGGCUUGUGCAAGCAAUACACUGGGUCACCAGCUUUCCUUUGAGUUUGUGUAAAGCAGACACUAAAUAGGGAGGAUUGAUGAAUUAAUUGUACUGCUUUCAAAAACAGUGACCCCAAACUUUGACCAAAUGGCCCCAGGUUUCAACCACCAAAAUGUUAUCUUCAUUCCAAGGAAAUCCUGGCCAAGAAUUUCAGAUUAAAAUGGGAGAAUCUAACCUUACUGUUGACCAGAUUAAGGGCUUACUUGUUAAGCUCCUGGUGUUCUAGUCAAAGUAGACAGUUUAAUGAUAGUAAUAGUGAAUUUUACAGCCAAUGUUAUGCUUCAUGUUAUGUAAUUUUUCCAGUUUUUGAAUCCUUCAUACUUGAUUAUAAAGAAUUAUUCACCAUAGGUCAACAGCAGGAGUACACUGCAGACUGCAUAGUGCUUGUAGAGUAUUGUGAGAAGCAGUUUUUGUGUGCACUUGGUAGUAUAAUUUCUGCUGGUAAAUGGAUGGCGUUACAUGUGACAGCAUCAAAGUGUAAGGCCUGCGUAAGUUCUACUCCCGUAGUUCUUCGUGAUCAGUAUUAGGCAAAAUGUUGUUUGUGCCCCAUGAAACUGCAGUCAAUGGAAAAAUUAGAAUUUUGGCAGACAGCUUUCUAAAUGAGAAUUUUGACUCUGCUGGACGUUGCGGUGCUUCAGUAAAUUGCUUUUUGUGAUCUUUUAAAGGUAUUGACAACUUUAAGGAUUUUUUGUGCUUUUGUAAAUCAGCAAAAUAGGAUAAUAGCUAAAGGUAAUGGAUGGAAACACUGGACAUGAUACGCCAUUAUCAGUUUGGAGAUCGGCAAAAUGGACAACUUUGCAUUAAAAACAUAUGAUGAGCUCAAAAGGAAACCAAAUUCUAAUCAUUUUUGAGAACGACUUUCUACAACUGCUAUUUAUGGCUCAUGGUGGGAAGUCUGUUGAUGAGUUUAACACCUAACAUGCAUAAACUUUAUUCUUAUUCUCCAGAUGAUCUCAGGAUUGUGGUUAGAGUGAUUCAAGUAGUUCAAUAUAAAUUUCUGGUAAAGUUAAGGCUCUUAGUUAAUCUACAAAAGUUGUUUAAAUCACUCAUUUACAUCAAAUUUUGUUGGCCAAAGUAGUGAAAUGAUUUUGUAUGCAUUAUCUGUUCUAUUGUAGCCAUGAAUCAGUACAGUUAACUUGGCCUCUUGUUAUUAAGGUAGACUUUGUGAUUGAGCUGUGUUUGGUUUUUCUGCUUAGAGACAAUGAGCUUUCAUCAGUGGAUUUGAAGGGUAUUUUGUGACAGUGUGUGGUUAAUUAAAUAUUUUCCCACUGGAAACAAUUUUAGUCAAAGCAAAUGAACACAUUAUUAAGCGGGGUGGGCAGUUGUUGUUGGUAUGUUUGACAUGCUGUGUUGGAAUCACUCUUGUAAUGAUCCUUGGACUGUUUAUUGAAUUGCCUUAUCCCCUCCUUGAUUGAUUCUCUGUAAAUCUUGCCAAUGAUGUGGGAAAGCAGUUUAUUGAUGACUUUAAAUUGCCCUUCAUUUGACUCUCAGUUGUUCUGAGGCAAGACCCAUAUGGAUGUUGUUAUUGGUUAUGUACAUCGGUGGUGAUGGAGUUUUAGAUAUCAGAAUAAUACCUUGAUGCCUUUUUGUUGUCUUCCAUUUGGGAGACUUACAGUGUAUAUAUUAAACUGUAUUUAUAAAUAAACUAAUAAACAAUU